AAGAACGGUGACGGUAACGGUAACGCUAACGGGGAGCGGGGCCAUUGUUUGUUGUGUGUGAAGAAGGAAUUCUGAAUUGUGAAGGGGUUUUGAGACUGUUCGUCUGACUGAGAUUUCUAGGUUUCUCCAUGGCUUCACGGAGGAAAAGAAGAAAGGUGAAUCAAGAAUCAUGUGCUGAUAAAUCAGAGAUUCCAUGUUCGCCGGUCGUUGUAUUAGCUCACGGUGCCGGUGCUCCCUCUUCUUCCGACUGGAUGAUUAGAUGGAAGGAAAUGUUAAAGAAGUCAUUAGCAGCUGUUGAAGUGGUCACAUUUGACUACCCUUAUCUUUCUGGUGGGAAAAGAGGAGUUGCACCGAAAGCUGAAAAAUUGAUUGAGUUUCAUUUGGAUGUUGUUAAAGAAACUGCUGCUAAAUUCCCUGGUCAUCCUUUGAUAUUAGCUGGCAAAUCAAUGGGUUCUAGAGUAAGCUGUAUGGUUUCAGCUUUGAAUGAAGAUAUUACAGUUUCAGCUGUGAUUUGUUUAGGAUAUCCACUUAAGGGCGCUAAAGGUGUGAUAAGAGACGAGACCUUGCUGGAAAUGGGAGUCCCAGUGAUGUUUGUGCAGGGUAGCAAAGAUCCUAUGUGUCCUCUGGAUAAGCUUGAAGCUGUUUGUAACGAAAUGAAAGCUGUUACUGAGCUGCAUGUGAUUGAUGGUGGAGAUCACUCCUUCAAGAUUGGGAAGAAACACCUUGAAACAAAGGGGUUAACACAAGAUGAAGUCGAAGAUGUUGCUCUGAAUGCAAUAGCCGCUUUUGUCUCCAAAUCUCUUGCUCAAAGCGCAUAAUUUGUAAUGGUAAACUGCAGUUCUUAGAUUUCUUUUUACUACUUCUUUUACACCAAAGUCAGGUGUUUUUGGUUAGUUAAUGUAGUUAUGAAGUCUCCUUCAACUAAGCAUCGAUCUUGGCUUUGUGUGAUAUUUAUAAGACUCCUAGUUUCUUCUCAAUUGUUGUUUGUUUAUGCUUUUGCAUUUACAUGGUACAAUAUUGUAUAAUUUCCCAAUUACU